ACAAAAAACCAAUUCUCUCGCACACACAAAACAAAGACGGAUACAUACAGCCAAAUAAGAAAAAAUAAGAAACAAACAGAAGAAAAAAAAGAGAAGAAGAAAGAAGAAGAAAGAAGAAGAAGAAGCCAAUAUUGGAAUUGAAACGAACUAAAAGAACCGUAUUGUGUGUUUGGUCAUAAAAGAAGAAAAAAAGUAGUAACAAGAUCGCAACAACUUUAAACAAAACGAAGUACGAACAAUAAUAAAAAAAAUAACGACAUGCAAGUGUAGAGAAAAAUGAACGGCUAAAUAAAUUGUGUGCGUGCAUUUUUUUUUUCACUCUUAACGUCUCUCGUCGACUCAUUCUUCAAAUAAAACACCAAGUGUAAAUAAAUACAGAAAACGAAAUAUAAAAAAAAGCCAACAGAGAAUAAUCGUUGUAUACAGAGUGAGAGAUUAAAUUAAAGAGCACAUAUCGACGAAAACAAAAUCACAGUCAGAAGAGAUAUAGUUUUUUGCGUUCCAUGCUUUUGUUGAAUGAUUAUUUAAAUAUACAACUUUUUGUUUUGCCUUAUUAUUAUUAUUAUUUCAUAGGCAUCGAGUGCGUGUGCAUGCACGUGUGUGUGUAUGUUUCUCUUCUUCAAUUUUUUUCUUCAGCUUCUCUCUCGCUCACUCAAAUUCGGUUAUUUGUUCCAUCGCUGUCUGUUUUUAGUUCACAUGUAGUCAUUUUUACACACUCACUACAUUUUAAGAUACACAUACGAUUUUUACCAGUUGUUGUUGCUGCUGCUGUUUUUUUUCCACUUCUGUUCCAUUCCGUUCCGUUGUGCGUUCAAUGUUGUUGUUGUUUUUUUCGCUUCUGUUUUUCAUUUCGCGUAUUUAGUGUGUGUGUGUGUGUAUGCAUUUGUGAAUAGAAAAUUGAACACAUUUUACACGUUCUUAAAACGAAAAAAAUUGGAAUUCUAUUCAAGGAGCAGAGAAGAGAAGAACACAUAAUGGUUUUUUUCAUUCUAGUUUCGUUGAGCGGUUGUGAGGUUAACAAGCGAAGUGUGUGUGUGUGUGUGUGAUCGUAGCUGUCGUUUGGCUUCUUUGCAACCACCGACCCAAAAUAUCAGUCUGAAUGAACAGUGUUGGAUUUUUUGUCUUCUUCGACCGACAAAAGUGUGGAUUUCAAUCGAAUUUGUGUUAAUCGUUUGUUAUUAUCGAUUCUGAAUCUGAUUUUGAGUGUGGCUGAUAGUGAUCUGAUUACUUGACAGAAAUCGUCAAACUGUUGUUGUUUAUCAAACCAAGUACGCUUUAAUCACAACCAUUCAAUUUUUGACAUAAUUUUCAUAUACACAAACAAAAACAGCAAUUAAAGACGUACAAAGAACACAUUUUUGAACAUUUUGUGUAUAAAAUCCGAAAAAUAUUUUCUUCUUCCGAGCAUUUUGCACGAAAAGAACUAAAUUGUGCCUCAAACUAUAAAGAGAGAGAGGAAGAAAAAGACGCAGCUGUAAAUAUCAACACGUUCGAGCACAGGAACAAUUGUUAGAAUUUUUGCAUUGUGGCUCAUGGUCGUGUUACGCGAGAUUUCGUUCUAGAAAAGAAAAGAAAAAAAAAACAGGCAAUCGAAUGCAAUGACACACAUCUAUGGAUAUACAUUGUGGCCCUAUGUUAACAACUGUUAAUUAGAUAUUAUUAUUAAUUUUUCCAUUGUUAAAUUGUUGGGUCGGAGUGUGUGAGAUCGGACGAGUGAGUGAGUGAAUGAGGGAGUGAGUGUGUGGAAAUCGCGUUAUCAAAAGCAACAAAACGAAUUCAAAGUCAAAUCCCGAGAGAGAAAAAAACAAGCACAUACAGAACAUUUCAAAAGGGAGAAAAGUGAUCUCUCACGACAAGAUCUAAUGACGGCACCCAUUGUGCAAUGUAACAUAGUGUGUGAGCGAGAGAGAAGAGCGUCAAGUGCACGCCACAAAACAGUCAAACAAAGACAUUUUACUGAGCUGCUGCUGCAGCAUUAAAUCAAGCCAACAAUUUCUGUGUUGUUGUUGCUGCUGCUGCUGCUUCGGCGAAUAGAUCAAGUUGCUGAACCUGGCGCGCACGCUCAAACCUUAUUUAGAUCAAAAUCGUACCAAAAAAAAAAAAAAUAAUCACACAUCACACGAACAACGAGCGACAGAGAAAGGGAACAACCUGCUGAACGAGAUGAUGAACGUGUGUGCACUUGUGGAGUGUAUUCAAUUUGCGAUUCGUUUAGGGCCUUUUUGAGCUGCUUCAAGUUUCACUUUAAAUUACAACCAACCGCAGUUUGAAUCUCGCAUUAAAAAUGGGCUUUCACAGUCAAAUUGAGCUGUUACACAGAUAAAUUUAUAGUCAAUCUGCGUUUGUUCGAGAUAAUGUCUGUGUAAAGACUGGUAGCUAGCUUUCAGAUUAAGACUGCUCUGCGCCAAAUUGCAAUUAAAAAAAAACAAUCAACACACUCAUGAACAAAGAAACAAACGAACGAACGAACGAUCUGAGUAGCCAAUACAGUGACAAUCGUGACGAGAACAAAAAAAACGGCCACCAUAAGUGACAAUCAUGAAAAUAGUGUUUAAUAUUCGACUUGAAGGCAAUUGACCUGUUCAAACUUGGACGAAAGAAAAAGAAACACGGAGCCAGUUUCAAAAAUAAUAGAUAACCGCGGACAUAACAACGAUAUAGAAGAAAAUCAACGGUAGAAGAAAAAAAAGAGUCAAACUUUGAGGGAAAAAAAGUUUUCUACUUAAAAAAAACAAACUCACACGUCACACAAAAAAAAACCAGAACAUUUGAAAGUUGUGCGCGCUAUUUGUGUUAAUUAACCGCUGACAACGUUGAAACGGUAGCUGCGGCAACACAACUGCGGCGGCACAACCAUAAUCGAACCAUAUGCGACACUAUCGAAAUUGCAAUGGUCAGCGAAAAUUGCGUUUAAUCAACAUAUCGGAUUUGCGCAUAAGCCCCGAGAACCAACGAUAUCAAAAUAAAAGACGACAACGUCGACAACGACGACGACGGCCACAAAGAGACAACAAAAAAUGUCAUAUGUGAAUUGAAUAAAUUUGCGUAAAUUUCUGCGCUGCGCAACUAAAUUGGAAAUUGUCAAGUGUGUUGAAAAGUCAGUUGUCGAUCGCUGUAUGAACACGAGAGCGAGAAAUAGUGUGUGAUUUAUUCGGUGCGGUCGUAAAAAUGUGAGGAAACGAAGUGCAUCGAAGCGAAAUUGACAUCAAAACCACAACAAAAAAAACUGUGCAAUCAAAACGCAUCUCAGUUUACGAGUGAGAGACAACGACAAACCAACCAAAAAAAAAAAUCUCUCACGGACGGUGAAAAGAUGUCCUAUACAACCGCCGAAACGGGCCGUGUGAAAAGUAUCAAAAGUAAAUUUGAGAAUCUCAAUAGUUUGGAAUCGUUGGAUAUAUCGGCUACGGUGCCGCAUAAAUAUCGCAAACCGUCGCCAAGUUUUCUAUUUAAACGAUCAUCAACAUCGAUCGAUUUGCCGAUUCAUCGUCAGAUUGCCGUGAUCAAUAGCAAUAAAUUGAAAAUAUCGCCACCAAAACAGCCGCCACCGCCACGGCCACCGUCAUCGUCCAUUAUUGAAACCAAUCAUAAAUCACCGUCCAUAAUUAAUACAAAUAAAAAGAUUGGCUAUUUACGGCGGCACAAUAAUUUGGAUCGAACCGUUUCGGCCGAUGCAUUCGUUGUGAAGAAACGGAAUUUAGCCGCCAAUGAUGAAGACACAUUAAAACCGUUGAAAGAGAUUAAAGAGAAUGUUGAAGUGCGAUUGACACGACACACAAAUGAUCCAGUCAAACGGAGUAGCAUUAAACGGAGCCCCGCAUUUCGUGUGGGCGACAAAAGUAACUGUAGCAAUAGUAAUAGUACGAAAAAUGGGAGUAACAGCAACGUUUCGAAAGAUAAUGGCACAAAAUGUGCGAUCAAGUCAAAUCGAACGACAGCGUCGACGACACCUACGCCGACGACAACGACGACGAUAACAACGACGAACAACGGUGUGCCAGUCAUUUCGCCGGAAUUUGCGGAAAAGUUUGAAAAUUUAUUAAAACGAUGUGAUAUUGAAACGAGACAGCAACUGGAUGAGCCCGGUUUGACUGAUACAUUAAAGGCUGUACUACGGCAGCCAUUGCCAUCCGGUCCACCACCAAAGAAACCACCACGCACAUUCAUCGAUUCACCGAAGCAAACCACAACAACAGUACAAACACCAGACACACCAACACAUUCAAGCGAUGACGAAAAAUCGUCGACCAAGGGACGAAGUCAUGUACCUGCUACUGUCACUGUUGCUACAGCACCGACCAAUAAAAUGCGACAAAAAAUCGAUUUGCUCGAAAAUCAACUCGUCCUCAAAACGAAUAACAAAGCAAAAGGUACGACUAGGAAUGCAACCAAACAUCCGUUUAGCAGCAGUCUUUUGAAUUGCAUCCCAUGCUCAUCGGCAUCAAUUUAUGACACAAUGAUCAUUGGGCCCAAUCAAUUCGGCAAGGUGAUUACAUCAAAAGAGCCGCCAUCACCCGAGAAAAUCCAAGCGGCAACAACGACAACGACGACGACGACGACGACGAUCGGCAAAAUAAAUCGCAAUGUUAUACGGUCACCCAACAGUGAGCCAAUUUAUAUGGAACCAUUUGCACAUUUGAAACAUGCCGCUAAAACUGGAAACGGCACAACAACAUCAUCACCGCCACAUAAAUGCAACAGUUUCGGUGUUAUUGUCUCACCAACACCCAGCCAUUUAAGCAACGAACCAAAGCUAUUGUCAUCUUCACUAUCAAACACAUCAUUCGAUGGGCCCGAAAGUUUGGGCUCAAGUCUGACAUCGUGCACAUCAUGCACGGCCGAUGAUCACUCCAUCAACGAUCUCCACGACAUUCAUUACAUGUGUACCAGCAUUGAAAACAAAAUCAAGAGCUCCGACUCCGAUUCCAAUUCAAAUGAAGCGAAUGAUCAACCGCUGCCGAAUACAUACGACGAGAUAAAUAUUUUGGUGAAUGCAGCAUUUGAGCAGCACAAAGCGAAUGACGGAAUGGGAAAUGCAAUUGAUUCGAUGCAAGUAUCGCCAUCAAUCUCACAUUCAUCAUCGCCAACAAACAAUGAGACGGUCAAUCAAGAGAGGACAAACACCAAAUUAUCACGCCGAUUGACCGAAAAGCGAAAAGAGUAUGUGAAAAAAGUGUCUGUGCAACGAAUCCAACCCGAUAGCCUAUUGUCAAACGAUUCAAUGCAUCAAACAUUCAAGUCAACGGUUUUCCGAACAUUUUCGAUAGACAAUACUGACAAUGAUUCCAUCAAUAGCAAUGGAAGCAGCGGUAAUAAGCAUGUUUCACCAAAGAAUGUGGUCGGCAGUGUCGGCAGUGACGAUCGAAAUGACAACAUUACGGACGGCCGAAAAUCGGACAAUGACAACGAAGUCGAUGAUUUGGACGGUGGCAAUGAGUCCAUUCCGUAUGAUGAUGGUGGUGACACUACGCCAAAACUGUUCCAAGUGUGUUUAUUGAUUGGGUUCAACAAUAGCACACGACAGGCGUAUAUCAAGUCAAAAUUUCCGGCCGACGAAGAAAUCCCAUUGAACAUUGAGCAGCUCGUAUUCCCCAGUCGGAAUCUCAUAAAUCAAACGCGCAAAAAUCAAGACUACAGCAUCAUACUAACCGACGGCAAUGGAUACCAUGUCUAUGGCUACUGUCGCCGCAUUUUGCCUGAAAGUUGUGAAAUAUGCCUGCCGCUGGCCUACUGCAUCAUUAGCGAAGUCAAAGCCCCUGGAUUUUACUUUAAAAUUUUGCGCGAGAUUGAAACAAGACAUGGCCAGGCAGAAUUCCAAACCAAUUUCCUGCUCCAGAGUUUGCAAACACGAUCAAUUCCGGCGGCGGGAAAAUUUUUACAUCUAAAACUUCCAUUGUCACCGCGACCCAAAACCAUUUCCACUCAGCACCAUAAAGUAAUGCCGAAACGACUUAGCUUAGAGGUGAAUCCGAGGUGGUUAACCGAGUCGGCUGCGCAAGCAGCGUUCAGCAAUUGUGAAACGGAUUCAAUGGUGGCUACAACGAAGAAGGAACGAUCCAAUCAAGCCAAGUCGUUGGUGCAGGAAUUUGAAGAGAAGAAACAGAAUGGCGCACCAUUCGAUCUAUCGUUGAUCAAUCGAAGCCUAUUCAAUGGCAAAAGUAAAUGUGAUGAGAUUUUUAUACGACGACCGAAUGAUUUACGGCUUGAAAGCACCGAACUUAGUGAUCUGUAUCAGGCACUCGGCUCGGAUCUACUGAUUGUCGUCUUUAGUACGUUGUUACUUGAACGCAAAGUCAUUCUCUGCACCGAAAAUAUUUCCAUUUUGUCAUCAUGCGUCUUGGGAUUACAAACACUUCUUUAUCCAUUCCAAUGGCAACACACCAUCAUCACCAUUCUACCCGAAUCACUGGUAGACAUUUGCGAAGCACCAAUCCCAGUUUUGGCCGGCCUACUGAAACCAAUCGAUUUCAAAAUUGAAGACGCCAUCGUCAUCGAUCUAAAUACAAAAACACUUUUACAGAAAUGCGGCGAUGAAACCACCAUUCUACCCACAUCACUCAGUCAUUCGCUAAAAGUUUCACUCGAAAUGGUCGAUCUGCUGGAUCAAGGCAAAAUGCUCAGCAGUGUUCUUAUUGCCGAAGCCUUUUUGAGAUGCUUUGUUGAACUAUUCGUCGGGUAUAAACAUAAAACAUUUAAUAAAGUCGAGUUCAUAGCAUCGCAUUCAUCGCAAUCGUAUCGUUUAUUUUUGGAGUGGUUUGUAGAAACGGCAAUGUUUCGUCAUUUUGUGCAGCAAAAAUUCAGCGAACCAGAUCCGAUCAACGGGCCAAACACGGCAUCUUGGAUGGCUCAAUCGAAUUUCUACGAUUUAUUCGAUUCACGAAUACUGAAGAAUGAGAAUGAAUCGAGUUCAACGCAACAAAAUAUGGAAAUCAUCAUGAAAAAUUGUAAAGUGAUCAACAAAACCAAGACGAAAACAUUCAAAGAUCGCUUCAAAGAUUUCAUCAGCAGUAGCAGCAAUAAUAAUUGAGAGAGAUGAAACGAGAUAACUUUCAAUUUUUUUUUUACAUGACAAAAAUGAAACGAGUACCUCAAAUCAAAUACGUAUAUGUAUUUAAAAAAGUACAUAUAUAAUGACAUUUUUUUUAAAACAAAAAUGAAAAAAAAAAAACAAAAUAAAUUGGGCAGCAAUUUGAGUGGAAUUUUUUUUUGUACAUUGUUUUCACAAUAUUUAUUCACUGGUCAUUCAGUUCAGACGAGAAUCAAUUGUUUUGAAUCAAUUUGGCAUGUCCAUUGACAUGCAGUCGCACAAUUUUAACAACAAACAAAUCAAUUUAACGCAAAGUUGACCGGUCGUAUUCAAUUGUUAGUGUAUUUUUUUUCACACGUGCACAGAUAUAGGCUAUUUAUGACACAAGUUUAGUAAAUAAAAAAUGAAAUAAUUUAAGUUCUAUAAGUUCUAUGUAUUUAUGUGAAAAUGUCGACAAAUCAACAAUGUAUCAUUUUGAAAUGGGAGCAAGAAGCCAUAAAUAGCAAGUCCAGUAGAAAAAAACUCUAAAGUUAGCAAAUAACGUAGUAGUUUAAGUACAAUUAAAAAUGGAGAUUAAGGGAAAUGUUCUGGCGCGUACCUGGAGGAUAACAUCGAAGUGUUUUUCUUUGAUGCGUGUGUGGAUGGAGGAAAUGUCAAUUUCGAGAGCAUACGUUCUAAAUGUAUGGGCUGAUUGAUGUAGCCGAUCGGCCGAAAUUUAAGACACCUUCAAAUGGGAUAGAUUCAAUCAAUUCAAUUGAUUGCAUGAAAAGAAACUUUCAAUCGAUUCUUCUUUAAUCCGAACAUAUCCGACGGAGUAGUAAAUUGGGUGCAAAACUGUGAAUAGUCGCCUAUCAUAUUAUUUUAACGGAAGACUGUAUGACGUUACGUGUGCCUUAUCGUUGCCCCCAUAUCCAGUGACAAGAUAUAUUAAUUUAUGACACACUUUAAUUGCAACAAUUCAUUGUUAUCAUUUUCUUUCUUUUCAAUUUAUUGAUACAGCAGUAAGGAUUUACAAUUAUGUUUCGGAAAUUACUUUGUUAUGUUUUUUUGUGCGAAUACCUUUGAAAUGAGGCAAUAAAAUCGAUAACAAAUAUCAUAUUCAAUGAA